UCUUCAUUAUAUAGAAGAGCUGAGAAAGAGGGUCUGUCUCAGGGCUUAUUGUGGGAAUAUUGCGCUGUGUAGUUUUGCAGGGAUCGUGUGCUGAAGUGGUUAACUUUGGGAGAGUGGUGGGCUACCUGACGCACAUUCAGCCAGCGCUGGACUGGGAGAGCGGAGGAGAAUAGAUUUUUCUGGUGCCAUGAGGCUGGCCAGUAUGGCACUCCGUGUUCGGCGCACGGCUGAACUGGCAGAGAAAGAACCAGAGCCAGAACCGGAACCAGAACCAAAACAUGAACAUGAACAUCAUACUAGCCAUCUAGCUCCUCCUUCUCAUCACAACUAUGACCACAUGAAGAGCAAAUUCAUGAAUGAACUGGAGCAUCUGCCACUUCCCAUGUGGGCAGUGGGGGCCAUCGUGGUGGUAGUCCUGGCCCUGGUGGCCUGCUUUAUUUUCUGCUUCUUCAAGAAGUGUUUUGGCAAAAAGAAGAAGUCUAAAAAAGCCAGAGAGAGGAAGGGAGCAGCUCGCCGCCGGAAAGGAGGAGAGGAGGGGGAGGUAGAAGGAGGACCAAAGCAAGAAGAGGGGGAGAAAAGAGAAGGUGAGGAGCAGAAAGAAGAACAGGAGCACCUGGGAAAGCUGGAGUUUUCUUUGGAUUACAAUUUCACUGAAGCUCAGCUGAUAGUAGGGAUUUUACAAGCUCAGGAUCUGGCUGCUAUGGACAUUGGUGGCACCUCUGACCCUUAUGUGAAGGUGUUCUUGCUACCAGACAAAAAGAAGAAGUUUGAGACCAAAGUCCAGCGCAAAAACCUCUGCCCUGUGUUCAACGAGACCUUCAUCUUUAAGAUCCCAUACGCUGAGUUGGGUGGUAAGAUUUUGGUUCUACUGGUCUAUGACUUUGACCGUUUUGGUAAACAUGAUGUGAUUGGCCAGAUUAAGAUUCCUAUGAAUUGUGUGGAUCUUGGUCAGCCACUACACCAAUGGAGGGACCUGGAAAGUGCAGAGAAAGAAGAGCAAGAGAAGCUGGGUGACGUCUGUAUCUCUUUGCGCUAUGUUCCCACUGCUGGAAAACUCACUGUCAACAUCAUGGAGGCUAAAAACCUGAAAAAGAUGGAUGUAGGUGGAUUAUCAGAUCCUUUUGUUAAGAUUGUGCUGCAGCACAAUGGCAAGCGACUGAAAAAGAAGAAGACCACCGUGAAGAAAAACACACUGAAUCCGUAUUUCAAUGAGAGCUUUAGCUUUGAGAUCCCAUUCGAACAGAUACAGAAAGUCCAGCUCCUCAUCACUGUCUACGACUAUGAUAAACUGGGCAGUAAUGACCCCAUUGGUAAGAUCUUUAUCGGCUAUGGAGCAACUGGUGUUGGGCUACGUCACUGGUCAGACAUGCUGGCUAAUCCCAGGCGUCCUGUGGCUCAGUGGCACACGCUGCUGCCUGAGGAGGAAGUGGAGGCUGCGCUGAAAGCACCCCAUCGCUAAAAGCAGCCAUCACAACCAUACACUCAGCUUCCCCAUAACCUCCUCCCAGUUUACAGCAUGACAGUCAGUGUGUGACCUUGAACUCUGUUUGGUGUGGUCAGGGGUGAUCAGUUUAUUGUUAUCCUGAGCUAUGAAUCUUGUUUACAGUAGUCAGUGACACCACGCCUGACAAUGAAAUUAUGAUCAUGUAACUUUUGGGCAUUUUUCUUAGGCAGAAUUAAUAUUUCAUAAAUCAGCUGAUAAUCUUUUGUGGCUCUCUAUCUAUUGUGGCUGUUUUGUGUUCUGUGAAUGUUUCAGUAAUGUGUUUAUAUGGAUUUAUUUUUAAAUUGAUGACAAUAAGUGGUUGACCUUGUGUGGUUUCCUUCAAGAUUUGAUGAGAUUGUCGUUCUCUUAAGUGUGUGAUUUUUGAUAGUAUCUGCAGAGGUGACAGUGCAUAGCUGGCAGUCUAGAUUAUAUUUCUGUUCCAGAUAGAUGCUUUGCGAUGAACUGAUAUAUGCAAACACAAAAAAUGAAAAGAAAAAACAUCCAAAGUGAUGAACUUUUGAGCUCACGUUAAGACCCUGUUUAAGCUGUUUUUUUAUGAUCAGCUCUAUUUUGAACUGUACUGUUUACAGCUAUUGCUGCUUGACAACGUGAAUCAUAUUGCUUUUUACAGGUGCAUCUCAAAAAAUCUGAAUAUCAUCAAAAUGUAAUUCAUUUCAGUGAUUCAAUUCAAAAUUUUACCUUAUAUUAUAUAGAUGUAUUACAAACAGAGAGAUCAAUUUAAAGUGUUUAUUUCUUUUAUUGUUGAUGACUACGGCUUACAGCUAAAGAAAACCAGUUUAUUGAUUUAUUAUGUUAGCUUAUUAUUAUUUAAGACAAAUUGGUACUUUUGGCAGUGUGGGCAGUGUGUCCUGCUGGAAAAUGAAAUCUGCAUCUCCACAAAACUUGUCAGCAGAGGGAAGCAUGAAGUAUUCUAGAGUGUCCUGUUAAAAGCUGCACUGACUUUGGACUUAAUAUAACACUUGAACCAACAUCAGCUGAUGACAUGGCUCCUCAAACCUACUAACCUCACGAACAAUCAGUACAUUUUGCAUUUAUUUCAUUUAGAAAUCAGGGGUCAGAGUCUGGAGGAAGAGUGGAGAGACGCACAAUCCAAGCUGCUUGAGCUCUAGUAUGAGGUUUCCACAAUUAGUGAUGGUUUGGUUUAAAUGGAAUGACUGAACUUCGAUGAUAUAAUUUUUUUUUUUAGAUGCACCUCUAUUAGCUUUCCUGACCGCACCACUGACUUGUUUCGUAACACCAGUAUUUUCAAACUAUGUUUCCUACAUUUAUUCCAUUCCUGCAUUUCAGGCCUGCACCUUAAACACAUUAAAAUAUCACAUAUUUUUAUACAUGGGAUGGUAAAGCAUUUAUGACUUUAUAAUGCCACAGUUCCUUCUAGCAACUCUGUCUCAGGAGUUAUUUUGUCUCUAGUUUCUUCAUUUAUCAUUCAAAAAAUAUUCACACAACCACUUCUUCUGCAAACAUGCCUUUGUACUGUGUGUAGCAUUUGGUUUUCCAUUGUUUUAUUAUAAAAUGCAUAGAGAAAUGGGAAAAGGUGUAAUCAUGCAGGCAAAGUGGUACUUUAAGGUCUCAAUGUACUUUUUUGCACCAUUGCUUAAUUAAAACAGUGUGUUUGCAUGCAUAUCUGAAAUGCAGGAAUAAACUGAAAUGCAGUUUUCCAUACUGUCCCAUCUUUGCUAAAUUGGGGUUUUAAAAUGAAUUAUUUACUCCAGUACAAUUCAGUAAGUCAGUUUUCUUAUAACUGUUUAUGACUUAUAAUAAGAGUCAUAGAAUAAUGAAAUUCAAGACCUGCAAGACCUUUAUAAGCUGUGGAGCAACUGGUGUUAUACUACAUUAUUGGUCAGACAUGAGAGAAAUACUGCAUUCCAUUUUGAUAUUCUCAAAUCUUGUAUAUGUUUCUGUUUGUAUCUGCACGCUGCAUGAAAGUGUCAUUAAAGCAGAUUUUGUUUUA